GUGUUGGAGAGAAGAUGCAGAAAGACGCCGAGGUGGUUUCUGCUGCCUUGGCGCAAAACCUGGGUGCUUCGCGCUUUAUAUCCCGGUCGCUGCUCGAGAGUCGGACAGAGAUGCUGGAGUUGCUUGCACGCAGAGGUGCGGCAUUGCAGUUUGCCCUAGAGGCCUUCAGAGCAGAUCACGAAUUAGUCCAAGCUGCCGUCGCCCAGGAUGGCAGCGCUUUGCAAUUCGCCUCCGAGGAGCUUCGCCGAGAUAGUGAUCUGCGCUACCUCGCAGCUGCAGCUCCGAAACAUCGUCCGUCAAUCUUCAGCAGAUUGAAGCUGGGUGGUUGA